AUGAAGUAUAACCUUCCCAAUUCUUCUGGAUCAUCAUCAUCAUUGCUUCUUAGUAUGAAUCAACAACAGAGUGAUAAGUUUGAAAGCAUUCUUUUCGCUUGGAAAUCAACAGAUGAUAUCAAUGUAUUAUUUUCAAAACGAGAAAAUAAUCUUGAUAAUGAAGAUAAUUCGUUCUCGGUAAUGGAGUUGGAUGAUGUAGAUUUUGAUGAACUCGAUAUCUCGCUACCACUAGAAGAUGAGGAAAAAUUUUUAGAGGAUCUAAAUCUUUAUCUUGAUGGUUUUUCAAAUUUAUGUAGACAAAUGCAUUCAUUGGAUUUAAUAAAACGUACAAAUGAUGUUUUAGAAGAAUUAUUAUGUGAGGAGAUUGAAUUAAAAAUUCAGAAUACAUGUAAAAGAACUUUUGAUAAACCUAUGCUUAGACGUUCUACAAAGUGGUUAUAUUCUACGGUCUAUCCUUGGCUACAAAUUAUAUUAUCCUGUAACUCUCACCUUUCACAUGGAUCUGUUGAAGAUGAAUUGGUGACUUGGUCAAAACGAUUAAAUUAUCAUUUUUGCAUGGUGUUCUGUGACUCAAGGAUUUCAGAAUUAUUCGACGUGAUUGUUGAUUUCCCGGAUUCAAAAAUUGCUAUUGAUGAUCUAAUUAUGUGUAUGAAGAGAUUAGACAAAGAUUAUAGACUUCGACUUGUUGAAUCACUCCAUAUAGCGUUUCGUAAAAGAUUGUUAAUCCCAGGAGCUGGUACAAUGGACAUAAUUAAUACAUAUAUUUCUACUAUAAAGUGCUUGAGAUUAUUAGAUCCAUCUGGUGUGCUUUUGGAAAAAAUCACGGGACCAUUUAGAAGUUAUCUAAGAACACGGGAAGAUUCUGCUAGAUAUUUAGUAAGCAAUUGGAUGGAUGAUAAAAAUGGAAAUAAUGAAUUGAUUGAAGAGUUGGGCCGUACCGAAGAACCUAUGGAUAAUCAACAGAAUGUUCGGUUCAAUGAUGAUAAUUGGUUACCGGAUCCAAUGGAUGCUGGCCCAGGUUAUAAAUCAUCAAUGUAUCGAUCUGCCGAUAUAACAAAUUUACUUGUUAGUUUAUUUGAUUCUACAGAAUUAAUUACAAAAGAAAUUCAAAAUCAAAUGGCAUCUUAUUUAUUAACUAAAACUGACUAUGACACAGAGAAGGAGCUUAUUAAACUAGAAUUAUUUAAACUUCGAUUUGGGGAAGCAAAAAUGUCUGCAACCGAGGUUAUGAUUAAAGACAUUGCCGAUUCAAAAAGGAUUGAUUCAUUUAUUCGUAGUAAUGAUAAUCCAGUUAGAAGAAAUGAUCCCGAAGAGGUUAUUCUGGCCUACUCUCAAGGAUGA